CUUGUUUGUUUCUUCACUUCUCACACACACUACUCUCCUCUUGAUUUUUAUACCCAAAACUCUCUCUUUACCAUUCUCUUAUUCUUCCUUCUCUCUCUUUUCCCCUUUUUUCUCUCUCUAAAUUCCAUUCAACCACAACAUCACUCCCUCUCCUCUUCCACUUAUAUUCCUUCACUUCUCACACAUUAUUUUUUCAUACUCACUCAAAAUCUUUCAAACACAAACCUUAAAGAGAUUCCCGAGAAAAGAAAUGGAUGCUAAAUUUGGAAAUUUACAAUUACAAUGUCAACAACAAUUUGAUCAUGAAACAAAACCUACUUUUGAUCCUUUCACUGUUGAAGACCUUCUCAACUUACCACAUGAUGAUGAUAUUAUCAUCAAUCAAGAUGUUGAGCCUCACUUUGAUCAUUUUGAUGAUCAUCAUAAUCAGACAGCUGUAAUUCAAUCUAACUCUAAUUCUGAUUCAUCCACUGUUAAUCAUAUUGAUAACUCUAAUUCAUUUGACUCUCUUUUUCCUCUUCCCGGUGGGUCCCACUUAUUAGAUGAACUUAUUCAUGCACCACUUCCGUGUAUCCCGCUCAUAGAAAAUUAUGGUCAGGGUCUGGGGAGGGAAGAACGACAGCAGCUCAUACCCAUAGAGGAGAGUGCGGUCAAAAAGUCCCUCGACUCGAGAAAGUAUGCUGAAUUAGCUCAACUACAAUGGAUUUCAGAUUUUGUGGGAGAAGAUUCCUGCUCAAGUGAAAAUUUGAACAAACUUCUUGAUACUACGAUGUCGGCAAUGAAGGCCCGACCCGAUGAGUGUUCUGAGACCCAGUACUACCCACUUGAACCUGCUCGAGAUGAGUCGGUUUCAACUAGUCCGAUCUUUGACACGGAAAAAUCUGCGCCUACAAAGAAGGCAGCCCGAAGCAAGCGCUCUCGGACUCCCUCGGACAAUUGGGCGUCACGCCCGCUUGCCCUUGCUCACGGUGAUAGUGAGCCUAUUCAGGUUACAACGUCGACAAAGCCUGUCGGCUUAAAAAAAAAGGGCUCGGGUAUGGGUAGGCAUAGGUCGACAAUUGACUCGACCCAAGGGGGCGAGGCGAGAAAGUGCCUGCAUUGUGCAACGGACAAGACACCACAAUGGCGGUCCGGGCCCAUGGGCCCAAAGACGCUUUGUAAUGCUUGUGGAGUUCGAUACAAGUCGGGUCGAUUAGUCCCCGAGUAUCGACCUGCUGCAAGCCCGACUUUUGUAAUAGCACAGCAUUCGAACUCGCAUCGAAAAGUUUUGGAGCUCCAAAGACAAAAAAAUGCCAUGAGAUUGCAACAAAUGCAACAACAACAACAAUUUCAACAUGAUCAUUACAAUCAUCAUAUUCCAAAUAAUAGUAUGAUGUUCCACCCAUCUAACAAUGAUGAUUAUUUGAUCCAUCAACAUUUUGGUUCAGAUUUUAGGAACCUUAUUUAGUUCAUAACUAAGGUAAUUGUGUUAGUUAGGAAGGUAAAAGUUACAAGUAACAUCAAAGAACUUAAAAUUUUGAUCUUAUUAGAAGUGUUUUGGUACUAGUAGUCACAAUUUGUUAAGGCUUUUCUUUUUUUUUUUCCUAAAUUUGAUCUUUUGUUCAUUUCAAAAAUUUUGUUAGCAUCAUUUGGUCAAGGGAUUAAAACCCUAGCAUAAAACUUUAAGAAUACAAAGCACAUUGCAUUUUGUAGAUUAAUUGUUCAUGUAGUAUUCUUUUGAUUUUAUUUCUAAUUUUUAACUUAGUUUUUUGUUGUAAUAGUUCUUUCAAAUUAUUCUUAGCAUUGUAUAGCGAUUACUCUCAUUUUGUAUUUUAUUUUAAAAUUUUAUAUUCAAGCGAAAUCUUAUUU